AUGGCUGCUUUCACUAGUUAUGCUCCCCAGAUUCUGCCUACGGAGAAGCUGAGAGACCUGAGAUACGAUGCCAAGAUUCGGUACUACCACAACCACGUCCUUGAUCUCAGCGUGUGUGACGCCAGCCUCGAGGACUACAUCGAGGACUACUACCGCCUUCAGGCCAACUCCACCCGUUCUUCGGUAUCGCUCACUUCGGACAGCUCGACAAUGAAGCCUACGUCCAAGCUUAGACGACUUCUUCAACGCAUCACCAGAAAGAAAUUCUAA